AAAACAUGCAAAGAGCACCUGUGCAGCGCAGCUCCUCGCCCUCCCUGCUGGAGGAGCGCAACCAGCAGCUCGAGACGAAUCUGCGCUUCGUCGUCCAGCAGCUGAGCCAGCGCGCCGAGGAUGCGGUGAUGGAGCGGCUGGACGCGCUGCUCGCGCGCAAAGAGCGCGACCUGCGCCACGCGCUGCUCCGUGCGCAGGCCCGCGACCUGUCGCCCACGGAGCGGCUCGAGGAGCGGGUGGGCGUCCUCGAGCGCACCUUUGCCGCGGCGGUCGCGCUGCUCGGGCAGGCUGACGACGCGCCCGCACAAGCCGCCGCUGCCCCAGCUAGCAGCGCGGCAAGCCCCUUCAGCCCGCACCCGUGGGACUCCCGUGGCGCGCCGUACGCCUCGCCCGCGCCGCCGCCGCAGACCCCUCCGCCAGCCGCCGCGCGCAGCAGCAGUCGCGAGGCGGAGCUAGCGAAGCAGGUCGAGGUGCUGACUGCCGAAACGGGGCACCUGAAGGCCGAGGUGGCCGAGGCGACGGCCGCGGCCGACAAGGCGAGAGCGGAGGCGGCGCGGCGCGUGCACGCCGCCGAGGAGGAGGCCUCCAUCUCCAAGGCCGCCGCCGCCGCCGCCGCAGCCCGCUCGAGGGACCUGGAGGAGGCGGUCGAGGCGGCCCGCGAGGCGGAGCGGUAUGCUGGGCUGCAGGCAAAGAUGGAGGCGGCGCGCGCCGAGGAGUCGGCGGCGGAGGCCGCGGCGCUGCAGACGCGGCUCAAGCUGUCCGAAGCGGCUGCGGCGCGCGACGCGGUGUGGCGCGCCGCCCGCGCCCCUCGCUGCGCCGUGGCGGCGGAGCUGGAGGCGGCUCUCGAGGAGUUGCGGGCGGAGAGCGAGGCGAGGAGGCGCGAGGAGGCGCGCGCUCGAGAGGACACGUACACGCGCUCCGCUGUGUUCGACGAGGCGCGGUACGACCGCGCCGCCUGCGCGCUGGUGCGCACGCGACGCGCGCUCUUGGGCGGCGUGCGUGCGAGCGUCCGGGCGCAGCUCGAGACGGCGGAGGCGGGGCGGAAGUGGUGCGUUGACGCCGCCGCCUCGCGGGCAUGCGACGACGCUUUGCGGGCCGACGCGAAGCCGCUUGACUCGCCGCCCGAGGCGCCGCUUGAGUCGCCGCCGCCGUCAGAGGCGGUUGAGCCGCCCGAGGAGGCCCCGUCGGAAGGUCUUCCGGCACCGCCGCCCGAGGCUCCGCCCGAGGCGUUGUCGCAGGCGCUGACCGCGCCGCCGCUUGACGUGCCGAGCGACGCAACGGAGGCGCCUGAGGCGGGAGGGGACGCAUUCGCGCACGAGGCCGUGGACGGCUUGCCCGGCGACGAGGAUGGGCCGGAUGGGUCGGUCAAGCAGUGGAUGCCGUCUGCCCCGCCGCCAGAGCACAACAGCGGUCUGGCGCAGCUGCCACCGCUCGAGUAGCGAUCUCUGCAGACGCGCCUCGUGUGUGAUGUGCAGAUAUUGAUGUGAUUCGUGAGCGUUCGGGGGCUGGGGCUGGGUGUGGAAUUUGGCGAAUUUGGCGAACACGGCGCGUGAGAUCUGUAACUGCGGUGUGCGGAAGCGCGUGCUGCAUUUCUAUCGUUGUGCUUGCUCUAUAGCCU